AGCCCCAUCAGCCGUAAACAUGGAUGGGGGCAGAAAGGACCUCCCUGGACCUCCAUCCCCAAACGCAGAGCGCCGCACACAACACGGUGUGUGUCGGGGGGGGUCUCCAAUUCCCCCAUAACCCCCUCUGAAUCACCCCCCCCCCCCCCGCUGCCUCCAUUCACGAAUAGGGACCCCCCGCGCUCCCCCCUCCGGACCCCCCCCAGCACCACGCGGGGCCGCACGCCGGGGUCCCCCCGCAACCCCCGGCUGGGGGCUCCCGUCCCCGUCCCCGCUGCGGGUGCAUUGUAUUUUUUUGCGGGGGGGGGGCGGUCGGGGGACAACAGCUGCGCCAUCACUGGAGCCCCCACUGCCGCCCCCUGGCCCCGGUGAGCUCGGGGGGGAGGGGGCAAAGCCGCCGUCGUUUCCCGGCCGGGCAUGAUGGACGCAGAGGGGGGGCCCUCAGGCCCGGACCCCCCCCGGGACCCCGAGAGCACCGCCACAGCCCAUCCCGGCAGUGAGGCACCGGGUCGCCCUGCAAAGCGGCGUCGGAAAGCAGCAGCAGCGCAGUCCCGGAGCGGAGCUUUGGGGCACCCGCCGGCUUUGGGGCCGCUGGAAGAGCUGCUGGGGUUGCGGGGCGGCCGCGUGCGCCCCACCAUCUGCGGGGAGUGCGGGAAGGGCUUCAGCCGCAGCUCGGACCUGGUGAGGCACCGCAUCACCCACACCGGGGAGAAACCCUACACCUGUGGGGCCUGCGGGAAGGGCUUCAGCCAGAACUCCAACCUGGUCACCCACCAACGCAUCCACACCGGCGAGAAACCCUACAGCUGCGGGGUCUGCGGGAAGCGCUUCAGCGAGAGCUCUGCGCUCAUCCAACACCAGCGGACCCACACCGGGGAAAAGCCCUAUUGCUGCGGGGAGUGCGGGAAGAGCUUCAGCGUCAGCUCCAACCUCAUCCGGCACCGACGCACCCACACCGACGAGAAGCCCUACAUCUGCGUGGAGUGCGGGGAGGGCUUCCGCCACAAAUCCCAGCUGCGCCGGCACCAGAAGCUGCACUCGGCGUAGUUGGGACGCCGCCGUAGGGAUGGGGAGCAGCGUUGGUCUCAGUCCCCCCACCCGCGUUCCCGGGAUGGGGCUGCGGGGUGGGUGUGCGGUGCCGGACCCGACUCCCCACCCAGAAACCCCAAAAGCCGAUGAGGGGAAAGCGGGAUGGGGUGCUGGGAGAGGGAACGCAAUGGGGCGGUCGGGGCUGCAGCCCAAACCAAUAAAAGGCGCUGGAGCCGCA